GGCUGAAUGGCUUAUAGCUCAGCCAAUCGCAGAAGCUCGGGAUGCUUAAAAGGGCUGGCGCGGAGAGAGGCUGGGAAGAACCCACAGGGAGACCCACAGACACAUAGACACGGGAGAGAGAGGAGGAGAGAGACAGAGACAAAGGCACAGCGGAAGGAGCCAGAGACAGGGCAGGCACAGAGGCAAAGCCAGACAGUCCGAGGGAGCCCAGAAGGAGAGACCAGAGAAGCUGCAGAAGACACGGGCAGGGAGAGACAAAGACCCAGGAGAGGAGGGGGUGUGAGAGGAGAGUUUGGAGGAGCCAGGCCACUAGGCGCCUCUCCUAAGCCUAAGGGCCAAGUUUUCUCCAUCUCCUCUGAAGGUCCCCAGCCCCUCCGAAAACUCUGCCUCUGACCCUGGCACAAGUCCGAGCCCCCAGGCUGCAGAGACGAGCUUUCCAAAGCCAGGGCGGGCAGAACUUGGUGCCCAGACGGCCUCAAUCCCUCCCAGCUGCAGCACCAGUGCCAUGUCCCGGACGGACGGGCAUCCCAGGAGGGGCUUGGCGGGGUGCUGGCUGUGGGGAGUCCAACCCCGCCUGCUGCUCCCCAUCGUGCCCAUCUCUGGGCUGGUGGGGCGGGUGCUGCUGCUGCUGCUGCCGCUGGCCUCCCUCCUGCCCUCCGCCCGGCCGGCCGGCCCCCUCCCCCGGGAGGAGGAGAUCGUGUUUCCAGAGAAGCUCAAUGGCAGCGUCCUGCCUGGUUUGGGCGCCCCUGCCAGGCUUCUGUACCGCUUGCCAGCCUUUGGGGAGACGCUGCUGCUAGAGCUGGAGCAGGACCCCGGCGUGCGGGUCGAGGGGCUGACGGUGCAGUACCUGGGCCAAGCACCUGAGCUGCUGGGAGGGGCCGAGCCAGGCACCUACCUCACCGGCACCAUCAACGGAGAUCCAGAGUCGGUGGCAUCUCUGCAUUGGGACGGGGGAGCCCUGUUAGGGGUGCUGCAGUAUCGGGGGACCGAACUCCACAUCCAACCCCUGGAGGGAGGCACCCUUAACUCUGCCGGGGGGCCUGGGGCUCACAUCUUACGUCGGAAGAGUCCUGCCAGCGGCCAGGGCCCCAUGUGCAACGUCAAGGCUCCUCCCGGGAAUCCCAGCCCCAGCCCUCGAAGAGCCAAGCGCUUUGCUUCGCUGAGUAGAUUUGUGGAGACUCUGGUCGUGGCUGAUGACAAGAUGGCAGCAUUUCACGGCGCAGGGCUGAAGCGCUACCUGCUGACUGUUAUGGCCGCGGCCGCCAAGGCCUUCAAGCACCCAAGCAUCCGCAACCCCGUCAGCUUGGUGGUGACUCGGCUCGUGAUUCUGGGGCCAGGCGAGGAAGGGCCCCAAGUGGGGCCCAGUGCCGCCCAGACCCUGCGCAGCUUCUGCGCCUGGCAGCGAGGACUCAACACCCCUGAGGACUCGGACCCUGACCACUUUGACACGGCUAUUCUGUUCACCCGGCAGGACCUGUGCGGGGUCUCUACUUGUGACACUCUGGGCAUGGCUGAUGUGGGCACUGUGUGUGACCCAGCUCGGAGCUGUGCCAUUGUGGAGGAUGAUGGGCUCCAGUCGGCCUUCACUGCUGCUCAUGAACUGGGUCACGUCUUCAACAUGCUCCAUGACAACUCAAAGCCAUGUGUUGGUCUGAAUGGGCCUGGGAGCACCUCCCGCCACGUCAUGGCUCCUGUGAUGGCUCACGUGGACCCCGAGGAGCCCUGGUCCCCCUGCAGUGCCCGCUUCAUCACUGACUUCCUGGACAAUGGCUACGGGCACUGUCUCUUAGACAAGCCAGCUGCUCCCCUGCAUCUGCCUGUGACUUUCCCUGGCAAGGACUAUGACGCUGAUCGCCAGUGCCAGCUGACCUUCGGGCCCGACUCACACCACUGUCCACAGCUGCCGCCACCCUGUGCUGCCCUCUGGUGCUCUGGCCACCUCAAUGGCCACGCCAUGUGCCAGACCAAGCACUCACCCUGGGCUGAUGGCACCCCCUGCGGGCCGGCCCAGGCCUGCAUGGGGGGCCGCUGCCUCCACGUGGACCAGCUUCAGGACUUCAAUAUCCCACAGGCUGGUGGCUGGGGCCCCUGGGGGUCAUGGGGCGACUGCUCCCGGAGCUGCGGGGGCGGUGUCCAGUUCUCUUCCCGGGACUGCACGCGGCCGGUCCCCCGGAAUGGUGGCAAGUACUGUGAGGGCCGCCGCACCCGCUUCCGCUCCUGCAACACCCAGGACUGCCCCACUGGCUCAGCACUGACCUUCCGUGAGGAGCAGUGUUCUGCUUACAACCACCGCACUGACCUCUUCAAGAGCUUCCCGGGGCCCAUGGACUGGGUGCCCCGCUACACGGGCGUGGCCCCGCGGGACCAGUGCAAGCUGACCUGCCAGGCCCGCGCCCUGGGCUACUACUAUGUGCUGGAGCCGCGGGUGGUCGAUGGGACUCCCUGUUCCCCGGACAGCUCCUCCGUCUGUGUUCAAGGCCGCUGCAUCCAUGCUGGCUGUGACCGUGUCAUUGGCUCCAAAAAGAAGUUUGACAAGUGCAUGGUGUGCGGUGGGGACGGUUCUAGCUGCACUAAACAGUCUGGCUCCUUCAGAAAAUUCAGGUACGGAUACAACAACGUGGUCACUAUCCCUGCGGGGGCCACGCAUAUCCUCGUCCGGCAGCAGGGGGCCCCUGGUGUCCGGAGCCUCUACCUGGCCCUGAAGCUUCCAGAUGGCUCCUACGCCCUCAACGGUGAAUACACGCUGAUGCCCUCGCCCACGGAUGUGGUCUUGCCCGGCGCGGUCAGUCUGCGCUACAGCGGGGCCACUGCCGCCUCUGAGACACUGUCAGGCCACGGGCCGCUGGCCCAGCCCUUAACGCUGCAGGUCCUGGUAGCCGGCGACCCCCAGAAGGCUCGCCUGCGGUACAGCUUCUUCGUGCCCCAGCCGGCCCCGUCCACACCGCGUCCCCCUCCCCAGGACUGGCUGCACCGCAAGGCGCAGAUUCUGGAGAUCCUCCGGCGGCGCCCCUGGGCGGGCAGGAAAUAGCCUCAUCAUCCCCGCUGCCCUUCCCGGGCACCGGGGCCUCGGACUGAGUUCCAGAAAGAGGGGGCUUCUGUGGCUGCCUCACACGGACACAUGGACACAGCGGGGAGGGCUGAGAGGAUGAGGCCUUCCCUCCUCCCCGCCCCAUGCGAUGCGCAGGCUGGCCCUGCCCUGGUUUCCUGCCCUGGACGGCAGGGACGGGUGGUGGAUGGAAGGGGCUGGGAGACCAUCCCCAUCUAAACUGCCCCCUCUGCCCUGCGGGUCACAGGAGGGAGGGGGAAGCCAGUAGGGGGGCCGUUGUAUUUAUUUAGUAUUUAUUCACUUUUAUUUAGCACCAGGGAAGGGGAUGAGGGCUAGGGUCCUGGGGAAACUGACUUCCACCCCUCAUAACCCUCACCCUGGCUAGGAAAUCCAGGGUGGCGGUGAUAGGCAUAACUGAUCUGUGCGUGUGUGUGAGUGUGUGUGUGAGUGUGUGUGUGUGUGUUCACGUAUGAGGUACAUCCUGCCCUUGCUUUCCUCUCCCAGAAUUCUGUUUUCUGGGAAAGGAAGAGUCAAGAGUAGAAUAAGCCUUCAGGGAGUAAGGGAUUAUCAUAUUUUUAAAAUAUAUAUUGACUUUGCUAUUUAUGUGCUCCUUUCGGACUCAGACAGAUGUGGGUUGCACCCUGACUCCACGUCUCUGAACAUUAGUUUCCUCGUUUGCCAAUAACAGUACCUCCCUUGGAAAUGUGUUGUGAGGCCUAAAUAGUUAAAUAAAGAACUGCAUCACACCUGGCCCUGGGUCAGCGCCCAGCACAUGGCAGCCGCCCUUAGUCAGCACUAGGACCGCCUUGCUGCCCGCUCCGCUGCCCGUGGGGUUUGCAGCACCCCUGAAGGUGGCUAAGCUCUCGCCAGUGGUGCCUGCCCUCACCCCAGGCCGAGUUCCUCCGGCUGGCAGAACACUGUCCUGGAUUCUGAGGGACGAUCGGAGAAAGGACAAUUGCAUACCUGAUCACUGGAGACCUCCAAUCAACAGAGAUGUCCUAAAUACUGGGCUCCGGGCGCAACUGAUAAGAACAGGAAAGUGCAAAGAAAACAGGACUGGCUAUGUCCACGCCAACAGGCACUUAGGAAUGAGAGCUCUAGGGGAGCCCUGGGGCCGUCAUCCUCGAAGGGAGAGUGUUGGAGAGGGGAGCCCAUGGGUCCGAGUCAGACCUCGGGUUCAGUGUCUUAUUAGCUGUGGUAUUGGGUAAGUCACUGACGCCGAGCCUUAAGUGGCUCGUACGUGUACGGGGGCCGAUGAUGCCUGUCCCCACCGGGUUGUUCGGGAACAAAUGACACAAUAUUUUCAAAACAGUAAAGGCUGAACCAUGUGAGAGGUUACCCUAUGACUACUGAGUGAUUGGGACGGGGCCCCCAGAAUCAACCGGUGUCCACACAGCAGACUUCGCUGCAGGUGUGAGGUUAGAGUGGGAUUUAAUAAAGAGGAGCAGGACCUGG